AUGGCGGCGCCGCCCUGCCACGCGCCGACUGCGCGGGGGCGGCGCUGGGCGACGAGGCGCUGCGCGCGGGCCCUCCCGCUGGCGCCCCUGCUGCUGCUGGCCCUGUGGCUGGCGCGAGGCCCGCCCGCUGGAUCCGCGAGCCCGCCCCUCGCGCAGGUGGUGCUCCAGGAACAGCCCGCGCAGCCAGAGGGCCCGCCCGACAGCGACGAGCCGCUGGCCAGCGACGAGCCGCCGCCCGAUGGCGACGAGCAGCCCGCCGCGGCCGCCACCGACGGCGAGUGGCCAGAGGAGGAGGCCCCGGAGGCGCCGCCGCCCCUCGGCGAGCACGGCGCCGCGGCGGAGGACGCCGAGGCCGCCGCGGCGCCGCCGGCCUGGGAGGGCGCCAGCGCCGAGGCCGCCGCGGCGCCGUCGGCCUGGGAGGGCGCCGCGGCGCCGGCCGCGGCGGAGCCCGAGGUCACCGCAGCCCCCCAGGGGGCCGGCGGCGGCCGCCGCGCGAGGCGGGGGCCGCUGCGCAGCGCCGCGAAGGUGCUCGGCGCCGCGGCCCGCGGCGUGGUCGCCGCAGGAGCGUUGCGUCGCUCCUGA